AAUUUGAUAUGCAUGAAUUCACAAGAUCCUGAUCCAAUGAACAUUCAUGAUGCAAUUCAAUUUAUUUCAAAUGCUUGGAAUAAUGUUAAUGAAAAUAUGAUAAAAUCAUCUUGGAAAAGAUCAGGAACACUUCCUAAUAAUGAUUUAUUUUUCGAAGAUAAUUUCAAUGACAAUAAUCUGGAAUCAGAUUUAAAUGAAUUAACGAGUGUAAUUGAACAGUUAUCUGGACCUGGUUCAAUUGAGGCAGAUGAAUAUGUUUCCAUUGAUCAACAAGUUGAUUUUGAAGAAGAGAUGUCAAUGGAAAAAAUAGUUAAUAUUAUUAGUGGAAUAGGUUCAAAUGAAAUCAAAGAAAAAUAUUACUGA